GACAUGGAUUAUCUGGUCACCCUAGGGUCAUGACAAUAAUUAAAUAACCAGUAUAAUAAAGGCACGUAAAUAACAAUAUGUCUUAACAUGAAAAUUAUGAAUUUCGGACAGAAUAUAGAGCCAUUUUACAGUAGUGGAGAAUGCGGACGACCGCAACAUGGCUUAUUCCUCUGAUCAGGAAUGACAUGCAGUGAUGAUAUUCAUUCUGCGCAUGCUUAGUUAACCCCUCAAACUUUUUGGAAGAAACCAGCACAUGCGACUAUUUUUUUCUGCAAAAAAUACUUUUCAAGGUAAAAAAAAAAAAAAGAAAUUUUUUAUUAUCAGAAUCUUCGCCAUACUGUCUAAACUGCAUGAAUCACUGUAAAGUCAUGUUAUUUUAAUCAGUGUUUCUUAGCUUCUAACAGGCAUAGCUAGCAUGUGUCAAAGCUAUUGUGUCAAGCUAACAUAGCACGUUUUAUCGUGGAUGUCAGUGUACGUACAGUUGCAACAUGCUGUUGCAGUGACGGAGGAACUAUAGUUAUGAUUGUCAUAACUGCGAGUCUGAUGUGGACAGAUUUCCCUCUCUUUCUCUCUGUCACACACAUAAGCUACGUCACAUGCACAUACAGACACACAUACACAAUUAAUGGCUCACCUGCGUAUCCAGACGCACACUUAAAAAAACUUAACAACAUUCACUUAAACACACACACAGUUCAGUUUAGUAAGCUUUCACAGAAGUUCACAGAAGUAUUACUAAAUUCCAGUGUCUUGAUUUUUUAUGUAAAUAUAUUUUGUAGCGUAUUGUUAUAAAUUAUACAACAAUAUAUAACUUAUAAUUAACCAAAACAUGCUUGUAACUUUUCACUCAAAAUGUUAUUAGUCUGUAUUUAUAGCUACAGCUAUUUAGUGACGAUCCAGACUGUGCAUAAAUCAUUUUAAAUAGAAAUAGCAUAAUAAUUUUAUAAAGAAAUAGCAAAAAUAAUUAUUUUAUUACAUCCCCUGUUAUGGGGUCAGUUACGGCAACAUUUAACUUUGUCUAUUCAAUGUAAAUUGUAUACGUAUACGCUCAUAUACACGUUAUAGCGUUGUGGGUGGAUAGGUGGCAGAUGUAGGUUUAAUGUAGUCUAUUCAAAUUUUGUCUUUCCAAUACAAGCAGUCUGAGAAAGUGUCGCCACCGUCGUCACUCUCCAUUACUGUUUGGGGCGUUUCCACCUUUUUUUGUGUACCGCCUAGUUUCCACGCGACUGAAGAAUUAGGUGUCAUUUGAAGUUUUGUUCCCUGUGGUUCACUUCCUGCACUAGAAACCGCAGGGGUUGUGAUAGCGAGCAUGACCGUUUUGACCGACUUUUGAAAAACUUUUCAUACAAUUUGACUUGAGACAAUGAGAAUAAUCAAAGUCCUCGUUAGACGUGGUCUGUAUUCUCACCGUCAUGUGACUUUCGUUUGCAGCGUUGCUGUCUUCGGAGUAACAAGUUUUGGUUUGAUGGCCAGUAUUUAUUAUGGGUACUACGAUCCGAUUAAUUUGUUAUCCAGUGUUGAUGAUUCCAUACGGGGACAGUUCAGACGCUGGUCACCUGCAGGAUACCAGAAUAUCCACAGCAGGUUGAAUACGGCGCUCCAUAAGAAGGAGGGUUGUGUGGAAUGUGGAGUCUCUAGGCACAAGGCAAGGAACAACCCAGGAGCAGCAGCCAACCCAUGGCACGGCACACUCACACCUACAGGCGAUUUGGGAUGGCCGACUUGCUCCCUCAGAUGGGCAGCAGCAAGGCAUUCGGCCCACGUGAAGCACCUCAACUUCUCCGUGUCUGUGCUGACAACGGCGCGCGACCUGCACCCCUCAGUGUUUGGCCGGCUGAGGUCCCACCCCCUGCCCUAUGGAUGGAAAGAUGUGCCAGAAGAGACAAUAACAGAAGCCGUGCGACUCCUCGGCGACCCCUGGGAUAGUCGACUGUUCGAGCGCGGCUCACUCACCUGCGUCCGCUGCGCGGUCGUGGGAAACGGCGGGAUUCUCAGAGGCUCCAGCCAAGGCACGGCCAUCGACAGUCACCACUACGUAUUCAGGGUGAAUGGCGCGGUGACCGAGGGUUUUGAGAAGGACGUGGGCACAAAAACCUCAUUUUAUGGGUUCAGCACAAACUCCAUGAAGAACUCGCUGAUUGCGUAUGAAGACGCUGGCUUCAGGAAGGUUCCGCAGGGUCAGGAUGUUCACUAUGUGUUUAUCCCUGCUAAUUCACGUGACUACUUGAUGCUCACUGCUGCCAUCAGGGGCAUUCCAGUGACCUCAGGGCCGGACAAAGGUGACCAUCCCUCGCAAUAUUUUGGAGCUAACCAGGGAGCUAAUCGCUUCAAGAUCCUCAGUCCGGAAUUUAUUAAGUACAUCAAAGAUGAGUUCCUGAACUCAACGCAGAUGAUCGAAUUUCCCGAAGUCUACAUGCCGAGCACCGGAGCGCUGAUGCUUAUGACUGCGCUGCAUAUGUGUGAUCAGGUCUCAGCCUAUGGUUUCAUCACUGAGAAUUACAUGGACUUUUCGGACCACUAUUAUGACGCCAUCAAACAGCCUCUGGAACUGUACGCCAACCAUGACAUCAUAAUGGAGUCAAAACUGUGGGCGGCCCUCCAUGCCCAGAAAGUCAUGCGGCUGUACCAGAGGCCAUCAAACCACUGAGGCAUUCUGGGAUUGUUUCGAUGCAGGUGAAGCAGGAAUGAAGGAAGCUCUGCACCUCUGCACCUCACUUAUUUUCCCCUGGUGCAACAGUACUGCCUUAGAACCAAUGGAAUACUGGUACAGUGGGGCCUUGGAACAGCAACUUAAUUCAUUCCACAAACCUGGUCCAAUUGUGAUUUGGUCGAGGUCCAAGUCGAAUUUCCCUAUAAGAAAUAAUAGAUAGAUAGAUAGAUAGAUAGAUAGAUAGAUAGAUAGAUAGUACUUUAUUAAUCUCUCGGGAAGGUUCCAGACCAAACGAUUUAAACCUAACAAACAAAUGAUGAAAAUCAUUAAUAAUCAAUAAAACACUAAUACACACAUGAAAAUGCACACAUAUAAAAGGAAUAAUCAUGAAUUAAACGACAGCUCAUGAGGACUUAACCUGAACUGAGGUAGGCGGACGUCGUACUAGAAGUGGCAGGAGGGAUGGGGGGGGGUUACUGUUUGGAAGGGGAGACGCGUCUCCAUCCGUACAAGUUUCAGCUGGUCUGUUUCGUUUUGUCAUGUUCCGUUUUCGAUCAAGUUGCUGCUAGAUUUUUCUCAGCUGGCCCGUUCGAGGCCCGACUUGGUAAAGCUGAACGCGUCUCGACUCGUACAAGUUUUAGUAGGGACGGUCGAGUUCCAAGAUUUAGGUCGAGGUACAAAUUGUAAAAAUGAAAAGGACAGGCCUAUUCGAAGUGUGAGUUGGUUGAGGUAAGACGUGUUUGGGUUCAGUAUUUUUCAAUAUUCUUCAUCGCUAACAUUGAUGAUAAACUCAAACAUCAAUAGUUAUAUUAGAAGAAGGUUUGUAGCUUGGGUCCAGUGUCUUAUGCACUAAAUUGCCAGGCCUUACCCUCUGACCCCUCUUGUUACCCUCUGACCUCUCUCGUUACCCUCUGACCUCUCUAAUUACCCUCUGACCCCUCUCGUUACCCUCUGAUCCCUCUAAUUACCCUCUGACCCCUCUCGUACCCCUCUGACCUCUCUCGUACCCCUC